ACAGAGUUCUGGUACGUAUAUUUAGGACGGAAAUAUCACUUCUUUUUUCUUUUUUUUUUUUAAGACCAUAGUUGGUUACAAAUAGAAUAAGUAUUCCAGAGUGAACGAGAGAUUUUGCUUGCAAUACAGUUUGCCGCGUUUGGGAUUGCUGGCGGAAGUGUAGACUGCAGUAUUGCAAAUGCAAAGUAGGUAGGUUACGUAUCUGUAGUUUGUUUUACAUUCUAGAGCCAAGCCCAUUUCCUUUCAGACAAGCACAAAAGAAACGCAUUGGAAGUUUACUUGCCGAGUGCCAGCCUGCUCCAUACUUUGCACUAUUCCUUAGCGACAUGAAUAUGGUCAGGCGGGGACUACAAACAUUUAGACGACCUCAACCGCUGUUACCUGCCUUUUCGCUGGUGCACAUUCGCCCUGAGUCCACGCAACCGAUCCCUGCAGCUCGGCUGCCCUUUAGGGUGCGCCUCCAAGCUGGAAAACGUUACGCUUGGUGUGCAUGUGGACACAGCAAGAAGCAGCCUUACUGUGAUGGAGCUCACAAGACCAAAGCGCCAAACAUCUCUCCACUCCGCUUUACCCCCGAUAAAGACAAGACUGUCAUGUUGUGCGCAUGCAAGCAAACGGCAAAUGCUCCUUAUUGUGAUGGCUCACAUUUCAAAGUCAUCUACAAUGAUAUGGUGAAGUCUGUCAAAAGAAUGUUUAAAUGAUCGAACCUGUGCGAAAAAAAAUACUGGUGCAUGUAGUCAGAAUUUUUGCAGAAAAUGUGCUUAGUUUUUCCACUACCUGAGCAUUUAUGCUGGUAUCACCUCAAAUUUGGAUUAAGUUACUUUUUUUCCUUUCUUUAAGAAUCAUAUCCAACCAGUGUUGUGUAUCAUGGCCCAAGCAUAUCUUUACACUAUAUUUGUAAUUAAAAGCAAGUUGUUUUGGAAGUAACUAAAUGUCAAUCCCAAAUCCAAUUAAAUUGGGAUAUUGUGUAAAAUGUAAAUUAAAAUACAGUACAAUGAUUUGCAAAUUCUGUUGGAUCAACAAUUAGAUACACUGUAAAGACAAGAUAUUGUUUUUCACGUUCAAACUAAUCAGAUUUGUUUUUUAGCAAUAUUCGGUCAUUUUGAAUCCGAGGCCUGCAACAACUUCCGUAGACAUAUCCACGUCACAAUACACUUGAUGUAGUGAUGCCUGUUUUUAAUUGAAUCCUGCCCUGGGAAUCCAAUAUCGCAGGUAUUCAAGGUUGUAAAGGAUUUCUAAAUCAUUUGUUUUUCUUUGCAUUUUACACAACUUUCAAGCUUCAUUGGAUUUGGGAUUUGUCUUUCAUACCCCAUAGACUUCAUAACGUAUUGACGGGGCGCAGGGCUGAUUCAUAGGGGGCCUAUCUCCGUCAAAGCUGACCGAGUGGAAACACAGACAGAGCUUUUUCCUUUGAAAAUUCCUUUGAAUAAAUGCUUAAAUCCCUGUGUGUUCUUAUAUAUAUGUAUUUACAUAUAUAUAUAUAUAUAUAUAUAUAUAUAUAUAUAUAUAUAUAUGGACGUAAAACAGUGUCAAUUCUUGGUUAAAGGCAAAAAAAUAUGCAGUUAGCGUUUAUUUUACUUAAAUAUUGCAAACUAUGAUGCUAGUCGGUAAGCAAAUUAGCGGCUGCCAUGUGUAAACAAAGAGUUUUUUUUUCUUCGUUAUAUUCUUGUGAAUAAAUGCUUAAACCCCUGAAUUCUUUAUAGAUAUGGACGUAAAACAGUCUAGAUUCUUGGUUAAAAGCAAAAAAAAAAUGGCAGUUAGCAGUUAUUUUACGUUAAUAUUGGGAACUAUGAUGCUAGUCGGUAAGCAAAUUAGAGGCCGCUAUAUGUAAACAAAGGGCUUUUUAGGUUAAAUUCUUGUGAAUAAAUGCUUAAAUCCCUGAAUUCUUUAUAGAUAUUGACGUAAAACAGUCCCAAUUCUUGGUUAAAAGCACAAAAAAAAAAAAACGCAGUUAGCUGUUAUUUUACGUAAAUAUUGCAAGUAUAAUUCCAAUGAUGUAGCUGCUAAUUUCUCCCAUUGAUUUUUUUCACGUUUCAAAAUGCAUGCAUGGUACGAAAAAUAUAAUAAUGACCUUGAAUCCUCGAAGAAAUCACUCCUGAGACAAUCCUUCCUGUUUGUAUACAGUAGAGCUUUGGUACUUUUUCAACCUAAAUCCGGCGUUAGAUCACUGCAUGUGACCGACUGCUAAUAAAUGAAGCGGCGUGUGGGACGGCCCUCUUCGGGAAGACGUGACGCAGUGAAUUGGGAAUCUGUCAUGUCAUUAAAAUUAAGAAGUCUAUGCAUACCCAUAUUGCAAUGGGCCAGUACCAUUUGCACCGGCACUGCCCUCUAUCAACAAAGCUGCAGCUGAAUUUGUUGGGAUAAGAUUGAUGUUCUUUGAUCAGUGUAUGUCUAGUUUGCAAUGCAAAAUUAAAUUGUUACUUUGUUUGUCAGUUUAGUGUUUGGUACUAUACAUGUUUUGAUAACACUAAUCAGGUAUAUUUAUCCUGUAAAUCCACUGCUGAUUUUGUUUUAUUGUUGCAUAAAGUUGUUUUUCACAAAUAACUGUUUGUGAUUUUUCAUAUAGAAUAUGUUUAUUAAAUCUUGUUUUAUUUCCAUUCGCAUCGCCUAAAAUUAUUUUGGAAUAUGUAAACCAUUCUAAUCCAAAAUGGUGAAGGCCCUUUUGAAUAUUUUGACCAAAAUUCUUGAUCUACAAAAUCAGGACUAAUUUCCUAGGAUAUGAACAAGCACUUGCUCAAAAUACCAUCAUCCAGUGACUUUGGAUUCAUAGCUUCAACUACUGGAGUGUUUAUCAGUUAAAUGUACUCAUGUAUAAGUAUUUGGUGAAAAGAAUACUCAUUGAGCAACAUCGUGACUAACCCCUUACAAUGUUUGUGUUUUUUUAAACAAUGCUAUUUUUUUCUCCACACAAUGUCAUCAGUAUGAACUGUUAUUGUUAUAUUGUACUAUACCCUAUUACAUAACUACAUAAGGUCAAAGACAUACACAAAAAAAGGCAAGAGAAAAAAAUGCACAGAAAUGAAGCAUUAUUUGUUCAAAGAGCAUGAGUGUCCUCCAGUUGAGAAAACAUACUGUAUGUCCAAUUAUGAAAAUAAAAAGAUAAUAUCUCCAGUUUUCCGUAGUCAGUCGGUGCCACAUAAAAACUGGGAGACGGGUUCAAAUCUGUGCUUGUGUCAAAUACUUCAUUUUUUUCCGGUGCUUUAAAGACUCCAUGUAAUUGAACAGGCCGAUGUGAUCGAUAGAACGGCAAGCUUGGGUCUGAUUGGUAUAAUGGAGUCAUGUGGGUUUUUUUUUUUUUUUUUUGCGACAUCAUGAAACUUGUAGAGCCCCUGCUGGCAAAAAAAAGUAAAAUAUAAUAUGUGGAAUAAAGAGGAAAAAUGUAACGACUAAUGUAGCACAAAGUCGCGGAAAGGAGCGUUUCUUCUUCACAAAUGUACUCAAGUAAAAGUGAAAAGUAUGGCUUAGUAAAACUUUUUCUCAAAAAGUUGCGUAAAUGUAAGUGAGUAAAUGUAACGCAUACCCACCCCUGGUUAAUGUAAAGUGCGUUAUAAAUAAAAUGCAUUAUUAUUAUUAUUAUUAUUAUGGCCUAACUUUUUGAUGGAAGGACUUAA